UAGGGUUUUUGCUUGAAACAUUUGCAGCAGUGAAAGUUGGAGUCUUUUUAUCUUUGAGCAUAGCACAUCUGCCUCCCCUCCUUCAUACCCUCAUCUUCGUUUAGCUUCCUCUGAAGAAUUCAGCCAUGGCUACGGAAACCGUUGUCGUCCCUGAAGCUCAGCCGACUCAACAGAGUUCUGAGGUCAAGCUUUUCAACAAAUGGAGCUUCGACGGUGUCACUGUAGGUGAUAUUGCUUUGGAAGAUUAUAUCGCUGUUGGUACUGCCAAAGCUACUUAUGUCCCUCACACUGCUGGAAGGUAUUCAGCCAAGAGAUUUAGGAAAGCUCAAUGUCCCAUUAUUGAAAGGCUGACCAAUUCACUUAUGAUGCACGGCCGAAACAAUGGAAAGAAGCUUAUGGCUGUUCGUAUUAUUAAGCAUUCCAUGGAAAUUAUUCAUCUCCUUACUGACCUUAACCCAAUUCAAGUCAUUGUUGAUGCUGUUAUCAACAGUGGUCCUAGGGAGGAUGCAACUAGAAUUGGGUCUGCUGGUGUUGUUAGGCGUCAAGCUGUUGAUAUUUCUCCAUUAAGGAGAGUUAAUCAAGCAAUUUAUUUGCUGACAACUGGUGCUCGCGAAAGUGCUUUCAGGAAUAUCAAGACUAUUGCUGAAUGCCUUGCUGAUGAGCUUAUUAAUGCCGCCAAGGGAUCAUCCAACAGCUAUGCGAUCAAGAAGAAAGAUGAGAUCGAAAGAGUUGCCAAGGCUAAUCGUUAAGUUCUUAUUAUGUCUGGGAGUUUUGAAAGAAUCUUAUUGAUUUUAUGUUUAGACUUGUUUUGAUAUAACUUCAGUUAUUCUAUGUUGUCUUUUAUUUAAUUCUAUGCUCAACUUUAUUUCUUGAAAGAUUUAUACAAGGGGACAUCAAUUUCUUGUGCUA